AUGCCUCGCGUGUCACGUUUGUCCCAGGAGCAACGCCGGCAAGCUGCUUUAAACCGCAGCAGAGCCCGCUACCAACAAAAUGCGGUGGAAAUAAGAAGCAGGAACUCGCAACACAUCGCCAAUGUACGAGCAAGCAACCCAGACAUACAGGAGGAAAGUCGUGCGCAGAAUUCCGCAGCACGGGCUCAGAGGAGACGCAGCGAAAGGAUUCGCAAUCUAGAGCGCCUUCGGGAUACUGCAGCACAUGCUGAUAGGCGACUGGAUCUUCAAUUCCGUGUUCCAGAGAGGGUUCGGGACGCAGAAUCGCAUUUUGAUCGUCGACAGAACCCAGACUAUCGUGUUUCAGAGAGGAUUCGGGACAUGGAAGCACGGGCGACCCGUCGAGAAGACCCCGAGGAGCGGCGACGAGAGCAGUUACAAAACACUGCGGACCAUUCUACUCGGAGGGAUAAUCCAGAGUACCGAAUUCCGGAACGGAUUAGGGACAUGGAGGCACAUGCGCCCCGCCGAGAAGACCUGGAAGAGCGGCGACGAGUGCAGAUUCGGGACUCCGCAGCGCGAGCUGCUCAUCGCGAGGACCCAGAGGAACGUGCAAGGGAACAGGAAAGGAACACUGGAGAACACCGACAGCGACGAAGGGAUACGGAAAACAGGCAGCGAGAACGGGAAAGGGACGCCGAUUACAGGAGAGCAACCAGGAGAAAUCCCAUCGCAAGAACACAGGAGCAACGGAUAAACACAUCGCAACGCCGGGAAACACGACAACAGCGGAGGAUUCGGGAACAACAAAUUCGACUAAUGGCAGAGGAAAGAUUAAUAAACUUCAGGAUGGACCCCCAAAAUCGACUGGAUGCCUCCCAAAGGCAGUCUCAACGCAAUAUGGACGCAAGAGCUCAACUUUCGGAGGACGAACUGGAUCAGGAACGAGAACAACAGCGAAAUAGGAUUCGAGCAACAGCAAGGGAUCUUUAUCACAGGAACAUAAAGGAAGGACCAACGGAAAUUUGUAUUUGCUGUGGAGGAACAUGGUUCCGUUCGCACAUACAUCCUGGCUAUCUCCUCUAA